AUGGAAGAUUCAACAGUAUAUAGCAGAUUUAUAAGGGACUAAGAGUCCUCAACUCCUAGAGACUUCAUGGUCAAGAUUGAAGAAGAUGUCAAACUAGACUUCUCAGACGUUCUCUUCAAGCCAAGACCAUCUAAUCUCAAGAGUAGAGCUCAAAUCGCUUAAGUUCUUUCUCAGUAUAAAUGCUUCACAGCAUGCCACAAGAAAUACUCAGUUCAAGACUGGAAGGAGUUUGGAGCUGACCAUCCUGAGGUAUUGCCAUACGUGGCAGUAUCAGCUGGUGUCUCAGAUCAAGAAUUUGAUUUGGUAAGCCAAGUAACUAAGUUGUUUUCUGACAUAAGACUCAUUUGCUUGGAUGUUGCAAAUGGUUACUCUGAAGCUUUCUGUGAUGUGAUAAGAAAGUACAGAAAAGAGUUCCCAGAUCAUGGCAUUAUUGCAGGAAACGUUUGCACUGGUGAAAUGACAGAACAAUUGCUUAAUGCCGGUGCUGAUAUUAUUAAGAUUGGCAUUGGUCCAGGUUCUGUAUGCACUACUAGAAUUCAAACUGGGGUAGGUGCUCCUUAACUCUCAGCAGUAAUGGAGUGCGCUUCAGUUGCUCAUAGUCUCGGAGGAUUCGUAGUGAGUGAUGGAGGAUGCUCAGUACCAGGAGAUGUCUCAAAGGCAUUUGGGUCUGGGGCUGAUUUUGUAAUGAUAGGUGGUAUGUUCGCUGGCCACGAUGAGAGCGGUGGUGAAACUGUAGUGAUUAAUGGCCAGACUUAUAAACAAUUUUACGGAAUGAGUAGUUCAACUGCCAUGAAGAAGUAUUCAGGUGGUGUCUCUGAGUACAGAUCAAGCGAGGGCAAGACAGUCUAAAUCCCCUACAGAGGACCUAUUGAACCAACUUUGCUCAACAUUUUGGGAGGAGUUCGUUCAACUUGUACUUAUCUAGGAGUAGGAGAGCUAUCACAACUCCACUAAAAUACAACAUUCAUUAAGGUAAACAGACAAGUCAAUCAAAGUCUUAAUCAUCUCAACACAACUAUGGAGCAUGGAUAUCAGAGAUUCGAUAAUCAAAAGAACAAAAACUAUCCAAUUCCCCAAAAUCUUAUUGCUGUUGACGUUUAAUAGUAGAAUUUCCAUGAUAAGAAGCUUUUUUACAUUCCACCAAAGCAUGUUGAAUAUAUUGACAGUAUAAUUUUACCAGGAGGUAUGAUUAAGAGCAGAGUCAGAUAACUAGCUCAAAACAUCUACAAUGAUUUCAAAGGACAAACUCUUAACGUUUUUGUGGUCAUGACUGGUGCAUAUAAGUUCGCCUCAGAUUUGGUUAAAUAUAUCAAGCAAAUCAAUGAAACUGAAGAACAUAAGGUUAAUGUGAAACCCUACUUCUUCAAAAUUGAAAAGAACAACCAUCCAUAGAUCUUUGAGGAUCCUGUGAUCAAGGUAUCGAUUGAGGACUAAGAUGUCAGAGGACAGAAUGUGCUCAUCAUCAAGGAUAUUUAUGACUCAGGAAUUUAUAUGCAAUCAAUAAAUGAAAAAGUCAUGGCAUUCUCACCAAAUAGGGUUAGCUAUGCUAUUGCUUUCCACAAGAAAAAUCCAAAUAACCUUAAGUACAACUUUGUAGGAGAGUACACUGGCUUCCUAAUUCCAGAUCAAUUUGUCAUUGGUUAUGCUGUAGGCACAAAUGAGGAUUUCACAGAUAUUCCUCAUCUUUGUCUAAUCAACCAAAGCGGACUAGAUGCUCUUAAGCAAUGA